ACAACCGGGUUCAGUUCACAAAAAACCGGUCCAACGCAAAAAUAAUUUUUUUCUCCCAAUAAAUGAAUUUCAGUAAACGAAACAACAUUCCUUCUUCUCGCUCGAUCCCCUGUGUAUCAGAAACAGAAAAUUACUUCAAUCUUCGCUCAAAAAGGGAUACAGAGAUCUAUGGAUUCUCCUGCUAAUUUAUGUAUUUACUCAUGAAAUUACUCAUCCAUCGACCGUUCUGAAUUUAUAUUCAUAAAAAGAUUGAUUUUCCGUGCCAGAGAGUGAGAUUGAGUGGCCACAUUUUAUGAAUUUGUUAAACAUUUACUAAGAGGAGUUGUUGAAUGAGAAGUGCAAGCUAGGGGAUGCUGGCUUCACUUCAUCUACUGAGAGUGUGAAGGAUAAAAGGUAGUUGUGUAUAAAAAUGGCUGAUGCAGCUGCUCUUAUUGAAGCUUCAGGAUCUAGAUUUAGUGAUCUGGAGCUCAUUGGAAGAGGCUCAUUUGGUGACGUCUAUAAAGGGUUUGAUAAGGAAUUAAACAAAGAAGUUGCAAUCAAGGUUAUUGAUCUGGAAGAAUCAGAGGAUGAAGUUGAGGAUAUCCAAAAGGAAAUUGCAGUUUUAUCACAAUGUCGAUCUCCCUAUAUUACGGAGUACUAUGGGUCAUACCUGCACCAAACUAAGCUAUGGAUAAUAAUGGAAUACAUGGCUGGUGGCUCAGUUGCCGAUUUAAUUCAACCAAAUCAGCCAUUGGAUGAAAUGUCUAUUGCAUCCAUUUUAUGUGAUUUGCUUCAUGCUAUUGAAUACCUCCACUCCGAAGGAAAAAUUCAUCGCGAUAUCAAAGCGGCUAAUAUCUUGCUGUCAGAAAAUGGUGAUGUGAAGGUAGCAGAUUUUGGUGUUUCUGCACAGCUGACAAGGACAAUCUCUAGGAGAAAGACAUUUGUAGGAACACCAUUCUGGAUGGCACCUGAAGUAAUUCAGAACUCAGACGGAUACAAUGAGAAGGCUGAUAUUUGGUCACUUGGUAUAACUGCAAUUGAGAUGGCCAAAGGGGAACCCCCACUUGCUGAUUUGCACCCCAUGAGAGUACUUUUUAUCAUACCUCGAGAAAAUCCUCCCCAGCUAGAGGAACACUUUUCUCGUCCUCUCAAAGAAAUCGUGUCCCUGUGUUUGAAGAAGAGCCCUGCUGAGAGGCCAAGUGCAAAGGAACUGCUGAAGCACCGUUUUAUAAGGAAUGCAAGAAAAAGACCCCCUAGACUGUUGGAGAGAAUCAGGGAGCGCCCCAAGUUUCAAAUAAAGGAUGAUAUGGAUUCUCCUAGGAAUGGACAGAAACCUGUAGGGGAAGCAUCGGGCACCGUUAAGGUGACAAGAGAUGUGGGUACUGAAGACACUGUUAAAGUCAGUGGCCAGGGGAAAACCCUAAAAACUGCUGGAUGGGACUUCAGCAUUGGAGGAUCAUCUAGUACUGGAACUGUCCGAAGUGUGAAACCGCCGCAGGUUAGAGAUAGGAAACCAGAAGUUCCAUUGAAUCAACCUGCUUCAAGAAAAAAUCUGGACAGUGGUAGCAAUUGGUCCUCUGCUUCUGGAACUGUCCAUUAUACUUCAUCAGAGGGUUUCAACCAAAAAGAUGGCGGAGAUGCAAACAUCGAUAAAGGAGAUUAUUCUCUUGAAGAUGAGGAGUUGUCGGUGAGUGGUACUGGAACUGUGGUUGUGAGAUCUCCAAGAGGAUCUCCUAGAGGAAUCCAAUCCACUUCUCUAUUCAGUGACCAGAGUUCCCUGUCCAGUAGCACACUUGCUUCUUUUGAGGAUGCUUCUUCCAGCGGCACUGUAGUUUAUCGUGGACGUCAUGAUGACCCAGAUUCUCCUCGAACGCCAAAAUCUAGGUUAGGAAUUCAAGAGAGAUCUUCAAGUGCAUCACUUGAAGACAGCUCAGCAAACCUUGCAGAGGCCAAGGCGGCCAUGCUAGCAGGACUGAAGAAGGGAAAUGUUAGAGACAGAUCAAAAUUGGGCAAGGUGCAACGUGAUGGGCUAGAAAAUAAAACAGAACAAUCUACAAUGAGCUCUGAUUCUUCUAGGCACUCGCGUGAUUAUCUUGAUGCGCAGAAGGCGUUUUCAAGAUCACGCCAUACAAGUGAUGAAGAAGAUGGUGCGAGAACAUAUCCUGCACCUUCAUCUGCCACCUUAUCUGUUCUCCUUAUUCCUUCAUUAAAAGAGGCUGCUACCAGUGAGACAGAUGGUUCACUCAUGCAGGCGAUGGUCAGCUCCUUUAUGGAUAUGGAGCGCAUGAAGGCUGGUUCUUGCGAUCUGUUCGUGACUAGGUUGCUUCAGCGACUAGCAAGUGCAAAGGAUCCGUCUUUGAAAGAUCUGCAAGACCUGGCUGGUCGCAUCUUUUCAAAGGGAAAGAUUGAAACAGAGAGUACAAGUACCGAGUCUGAUAGCAAAAAAAAGCAGCAGAGUAAAGAGCUUAAUUCAAAUGCCAAUUUGAGUCCACUGGCGAGGUUCUUGCUUUCAAGAUGGCAAGGGCAUGCUUCUCGAGAUCAAAAUUCCUAAACAUUGAGGUUAGAUUAUUGCUUCAAGAUUUUGCCUUCUCCAAUGUUGUUUGUUUCUGAAUUAUUUUGAUUAUGUGUACAUAUCAUUUUGAGGACAUCUGUAAUUUCGUCCUCUGAUUCAAUUUUUUUGGGGGUUUUCCUAAUUGAAGAUUUUUCUUUCUGCUUUUGCUUUGCAAAUUGUAAUUUAAAGCUCUAUUUUCUGUUAGAAUUUAUCCUUUGAUUGGGCGUUUUUAUUGCUCGAUGUAAUAGUAACAAGCUUUUUAUGUUUUUAGUGCUAACCUCGGUGUUGCAACUUCCUGAAGAUGUUGUAAAGGACACUUUGACAUAUUGUUAGUUAACUUGUUGAUUUUUCCUU